AUGUCUGGCUUCAAGCGCCGCCUGCAGCCUGCUACGGGCCUUGCCGAGAGCAGAUACUUGCCCUACUAUCCCGCGAUGAUAGAUGUCAGCAGUGCUACCCAGCGCGUGGCUGACCCGGCGCUGCUCCAGAUGCAGCCCGAGGAGACUCUCCAGCCACUGAUCAACAGUAUCCCAGAGGAGCUUGUGGGCCGGUUUGACCCCGUGUAUGUCGAGCACUACAACCGCCAUAACGCGGGCCGGCUUCAUACCCACCAGAUCCCCAUCGAGGAGUUCCGCCAAGAACCCGGCAGUAUGUGA